AGCCUGACAGCCCACGAGCUGCCAAGCAGGGCGCAGCCAUGGGAAGAGGAGGCGGUCUAGGGAGCGGCGGCACUGGCAGAGGCGGCUGCUACAGCGGCGGUGGCGGCGACGGCUGCUGCUGAGCCCCGGUGGCCGCGGGGACCCCGGGCUGGGGCCACGCGGGCCUGAGGCCUCGGCGCCAGAGGCCCCCACGCAGACGCGAACCCACGCUCUGUCUCCCGAGGCGAAGCUCCGAGAAAUUGGAUGUGUAGGAGCAACUGGUGUCCAGGCUGCUUUCUAUAUGGAUCAUACAAAGGGUCUUUUUAUUCUUGAGGUCUCAUAGGUAUGGAUCUUGGGAAGGUGUUCUUAACUCUGGCACUGGCAUUCUCCAGCAGCACGUUUUCUGGAAAUGGGGUUACACCAGCUAUUAUUGGCAAAACUCCACCGAUCCUACAAAAAUUUAAUCCAAGCCUGGAGAAAAGUUCUUCUGGGAAGCCUCGAUUCACCAACUGUCGUUCUCCUGAACUGGAGACAUUUUCAUGCUACUGGACAGAAGGAGAUUAUGAUGAUUUAAAGAUCCCAGGAAAUAUUGAGCUAUACUAUAAUAGAAGAAUUGCUCAUGAAUGGCCCCAGGAAUGGAAAGAGUGCCCUGAUUAUGUCUCUGCUGGAGAAAACAGUUGUUACUUCAAUGCAUCACAUACCUCCGUUUGGACACCCUACUGUAUAAAGCUAACUACAAAUGGAAUUUUGUUGGACCAAAAGUGUUUCACUGUUGAUGAAAUAGUGCAACCUGAUCCACCCGUUGGCCUCAACUGGACUUUGCUAAACAUCAGUUUGACCAGGAUUCAUGUAGACAUCCAAGUGAGAUGGCGACCACCACCCAGUGCAGAUGUUCUGAAGGGAUGGAUAACUCUGGACUAUGACGUUCAGUACAAAGAAGUCAAUGAAACUAAGUGGAAAGCGACUGGCCCUAUAAAGACAACAUCCGUUCCAUUGUACUCACUGAUACUGGAAAAGGAUUAUGAAGUGCGCGUGAGGACCAGACCCCAGAGCUUUGAAAAGUACAGCGAGUUCAGUGAAGUGCUCUAUGUAACAUUUCCUCCGAUGGACACAUUGACCUGUGAAGAAGAUUUCCAGUUUCCAUGGUUCUUGAUUAUUAUCUUUGGAAUAUUUGGCAUAGCAGUGAUGCUAUUUGUAGUUAUUUUUUCAAAACAGCAAAGGAUUAAGAUGCUGAUUUUACCCCCAGUCCCAGUUCCGAAGAUUAAAGGAAUUGAUCCCGAUCUUCUCAAGGAAGGAAAAUUGGAGGAGGUGAACACCAUCUUAGGCAUUCAUGAUAACUACAAACCUGACUUCUACAAUGAUGACUCCUGGGUUGAGUUUAUUGAGCUAGAUAUUGAUGACCCAGAUGAAAAGACUGAAGGGUCAGACACAGACAGACUUCUAAGCAAAGACCAUGAGAAAUCAGUUAGUAUCCUUGGAGCAAAAGAUGAUGAUUCUGGACGUACCAGCUGUUAUGAUCCUGAAAUUUUGGACACUGAUUUCCACACCAGUGACAUGGGUGAUGGUACCUCACAGAUUACUCAGUCACAGAAGUUAAGAGCGGAAGCCGAUCUCUUGUGCCUUGACCAGAAGAAUCUAAAACACUCAACUUAUGAUGCUUCCCUUGGCUCCCCGGGCAUUACUCCAGCAGUGGAAGAAAACAAACCACAGGCACUCGUGAGCAGUGAAACUGAAUCAACCCACCAACUGGCCUCUACACUGAUGAGCAAUCCCUCUUCACUUGCUAACAUUGACUUUUAUGCCCAAGUAAGCGAUAUUACACCAGCAGGCAGAGUAGUCCUUUCCCCAGGUCAAAAGAUUAAGGCAGGAAUAGCCCAGUGCAACACGCAGCCAGAGGCGGCCGCACCCUGCCAAGAAAAUUACGGCAUGAAUAGUGCCUACUUCUGUGAGUCAGAUGCCAAAAAGUGCAUCGCUGUGGCCCCUCACAUGGAGGCCAGGUCAUGUGCAAAACCAGACUUUAACCAGGAGGACAUUUAUAUCACCACAGAAAGCCUUACCACUACUGCACGGAUGUCCAAGACAACAGAGCUUGCUCCAGAUGCUGAGGUGCCUGUCCCAGACUACACCGCGGUUCACACCGUGCAGUCGCCACGGGGCCUUAUACUCAACGCGACUGCUUUGCCUUUGCCUGACAAAAAGAAGUUCCUCUCCUCUUGUGGCUAUGUGAGCACAGACCAACUGAACAAAAUCAUGCAGUAGCCUUUCCUAUCUUUAUUGGUAAAGAAAUGGCUGGGCAUGAGCGCUUAAACCAAAAACUAUGUUUAAAUCUGUGUUGGGAGAGUGUGAGGGUGAAUGUGGAUUGAAAAACACCUUUUCUGGAAAUGUCGAAACAUUAGCUAAAGUGGAAAAUCAAGAAUGCUUAAUCAGAUUGAUACUCCCAUUGUGAAUUAUCAAUAUUUUAAAGAAUUGUCUCUAAGACUGUUUAGUCGCAGUGAUUGUACCGUGGGUCUUAAUUUUGUGAUAUUAAGCAUUAAAUAGCUAAGUCUUUCAUGUAUGUAAAUCAUGCUUUUUGAAAAAAAGCAAACCAAUCAGGAAAUUGAAUGCAGAGUGUAGCACAGGCUAAUUUCCCUUUCUUUUUAAAAAUAACUGGGAACUAAAGCUCUAAGUGAGAAGGUAAAACUAGUUUGGAUAUGCAAAACAUUUAUUUUGACAUAAAACUGAUAAAGCUAUUUUUAAUAAUUUACACUUUAAGCAUUGAUAUUUUAUAAUACACUGCACAUAUUGUAGUUCACAACAAUCCAGCCAAGGGUAUAACAACUACAAUGUAAAGAGGGUUUAACGCUUUGGUCAAUAAACCUAAAGAAAAAGAAACAAGUUAGAUUUUUACAAAGCCCUUUUUAUAACUCCCAGAAAUUCUUAAAUCUAAAUAUGUCUAAUAACCCACAUUAUUGGAACAAACUCAUUUUAAAAUUUUAAACAAAUAUUUUUAAUUUAGAAAACUUAAAAAUUUUCCUACAGAUCAACAUAUCAUACGCCAAACAAUAACAGAAAUGAUAAUAAUAAAAGAAAUGCUUUCUUCAAUGAAUUUAAGUUCAAACCACAGGGCUGCUAGUAGGAGAAGUAGAUGCGAUGGUUUUGUGAUUGGCCAAGUUGUGGGAGAGCUGCAGGGGCACACUGGGUUGGGUUUUGCUAGCUGAGAGAGCAGGAAAAGGAUCCCCCUCCCAUGGAGUUCUGCCUCCUUGAAAACAGCUCGGUUCUUAUAGGAACCUAAGAAUUAAUAUACACAAGGAGAAAUUCACAUGUGUGAAAUCCAGUAGCAGGUGGGAUAAAGUUAAGCAGGUAAUAGAAAAAUAAAGACCUAGAUCUUUGUUUCACAGCCAGACACAGUCUUUUAAUUCAUGGCAAAGAAGGGGAGGGGCAGAAUAAAUGACUUUGCACUCACAAAGGAUAACUCAGAAUUAAUUAAACAAAUAACAGAAACCUUGUCAUCAAACUUUUUAUAAGGUGUAUUCUAAGCAGUAAAAACUUUCAUCACUUCUUACUUUUUCCUCCCCCAGGGAGAUUGAUCUCAAACAUGGUAGAAAACAAACAAUAUAAGAACCACUUUCUGAUUCUCUAAUAAUGUAAACAUAGUUCUUUGGGUUAGCCCUGUAAAAGAUUUGUGAGAGAGAAAGGACCCUUAGCCUGCUCAAGAAUGCUUCUCAUUUUAAGUAUUUUUAGAAGCUUGAAACUUUAAAAUUGCCUUUAACUUUUAAUGGUAUUUACCGUUUUGCUCAGACCUUUGUGGGAAAACAGGCUUAAUGUUUAGUGAUUUAAAGUUCUCUUUCAUGCAGGAGAGACAGUGAAAAUCUAGCAUUGGGUGUUUAAGGCUCACCGUGUUAUGUUGUAAUAGAUUCUAAUAAUUUUUUCUGAUACCUUGCUGCUAUGGUUUCUCCAAUGGCUACAUGAUUUAGUUCAUAUGAAAUAUCAUCAACUUAGAAUCUAUUCAACUUAAAGACGUGUGUUUUGAUGAACUAUCUUACCAUUUCACCAUAGGCUUACCAGGUUUCUAUAGCCAAAAAUAGUUAAAUACCUCAAUCAGUCCCAGAAUGUCAUUUUUUGGUACUUUGCUGGCCACACAAGCCAUUAUUCACAGUAUGACUAGUUGUGUCCUGCAGUCUAUAUUUAAUUUUCUUUUAUGUCUGUGGAGUUUUCCCUUCAAAGUUCAAUAAAUUUAUUUUCUUGGA